AGCUGUCGACAGAUUGUCAAAUUCGGCUGGUGGCCGAGCACGAGGGGCAUUUUAACAGUGGUUUUCCACAUUUCAUAAGUACCAGCAACUCAGAAGCUAUGUUUGAUCACCUCCAAAGUUGGGUGGGAAUGGUCCAUGCCAAUUAUAUGUGUGCAGUGUUCUUCAUCGCGUCUCUUGCAAAAGCGAAUAUACACGACGAUGUGGUGCUAACUGUUAAGUAAAAAUAAUAUUUGUCGCUAUUGCGAUAGGAAUACGACACGCAAAGAAGUUUAUUAGAAGUAUAUAUUAUUUGCUUAGUUGGAUUUAAAUAUUAAAAUAUCUUUUGACAAUAAUGUACUAGAUCAGCGGUUCCCAAAUCGUGUUACGAUGACUACUACCUCCCUCGGGAGUCACUAGAACUUUACAGCCUAUAAGGGUGACAUACUGACAUGGAGUAAAACAUAUAGAUACCUAAUAUAUAAACCGAUAAAUGUAAAUAGUAAACUAUACAUUUAAAAUCACUCGUUUAAAACUUACAUAACAAAUUUUACAAUAAUUUUAUUGUAUAUAUUAUACAUAGGCAAUACAUUAUACUAUGCAACCACCAUGAAGUACGGCUACCUAUAAUAUAUAAUAUACACCCACAUCGUGGUAAUGUUGUCAUAGCGAUUGCGGCAGUAACACGUAAACAUUUUCACCACAGCUAGAGUACAUCAUAUAUAGGGUCCGGUGUGAUUGUUGUUAUUGUUAUUAUAAUGUGUGAUAUUGUACAACACGCAGUCGUCGGUGUUAUCGAUAAAUCGGCGUGAAAGGCGUAAACAAAACUUUAUGAAACAUAUAAUAAAAGGCUAACCUCAUGGCGUAGGUAUUGCACAACAAUAGACAGUUUGUACAUACCUACCUCUUAAAGUUAUAAUAUUAUAUUAAACAUAUUAUAUUUUGUGUCAAUAUUUAUAAUUUAUACUCGAUACGUGUAAAAUUGUGUCCGAGAACGAUAUUAUACUAUCAUGUUGAGAUGACGUUCAACAUCGAUCAUCAGGCCGUUAACGUCCAGUACUGCAACUUAGCUGCAGUGGACGUCGAACAGUUUUCCACCAGGAGUCUAGAAGAUUACAGCAUCGUUAAUAGAAAACGAUUGGACAGAAUCGUUAGUAAUUCCGAAAGACGCUUGACAGAAGACGAACAUCGUUGGUUAAUUGAACGGGACUGUAAAAGAGUGAUUUCAGAUAUAAACAAGUAUGCGCGCAGGAAAAAAUCGAAACACGUCCGAGGAAUAUCGUCGAUUGACGAUCGGCGCGUACUGCAACAGGACGACGAAGAAUUUCACUGUAAAAACUCGGAGGCCGUCAAUGGCGUUUUCAAUAUCUGCCACAACUCGUCGUCAUCCGAUGCAAGAAUCGGCACGGUUGUCAAUAACUUCACAGUCAUCAACGUACGACAGUUGAACAUAAACAUCGUAAAUAAUAAUAUCAAUUACUAUACAAAUGAUUGCGAUAACCGCGGCGUUGAACCCGCUAAGAUAUUCGAGUACAACUCGGACGACGACAAAGCUGAUCCUACGACUACUACAACAGAUCGUUGCCGUCACGACGGACCGGAAGCGUUGCCGACGCGUCUGCUACAGAAGAUUUACUGGGACAGGUGGCGGAAUUACGCAGCAAAGUCGAAAGCGUCCAACGGUCACGCGGGGACGAACGAUAAAGUCGACAUGUUUCUGUCGAAAAUCCAAGAGAAAUUGGACAUGGAUGACAAUCGCCGGCGGAAAAAUAAAACGCCCGGCAAUAAUAAUAAUAGACAGACUCGCGCGUGGAAUCGCUCGGCGCCGCCGACGAAGCGGAGCGUCAGCAGUGGCGAUCGUCAGCAGGCGAAAAUCGACGAACAGAAAAAACUGCUCGACAAACAGCGGAAGGAAAUCGAAAGCCUGAGGGUGCAACAGUUGAAAUUGGAAUCCGAGAAGGCGUUGCUCGAGAACCAGAGGCUAUUGCAAGACCUGCACGCCGGUGGGUGCGAGAGGAGGUUGAAAACUAGAAACGCGCCAACGGUGCAACUGCAGAGCGCCGCUGUGGCUAGUCCGUCAGACAUAUUGAACCGGAUGGAAUUGCGGGCACUGGAACGCCGGGCCAAGUGGGAGGCGAUCAAGGAGAGGCGCCGGAAGGCGGAACAGGAAGAGUUUCGGAAAAAACAAGAGCUGGAGGAGAAGUGCAUGAGGGAACGGAUGGCGCAGAAACGUGAGCGGUUGUUCGAGGCCAGGGAAAACCUGAGACUCAGGGCGAUCGAAGAAAGCAGACGAAAAGCGGAAAGGGAAGUGCAGAGGGAGAACGUUCGGAUCGCGGACGAUUUAUACCGUAAACUGUUGAUGAGGAGAGGACUCGAAGCGUUCAGUGCGAAUUUAAACGGUGCCAAGUGGCGGGCGGAAGAGGCUUCGGAUCACUACGACAGACAACUGGUCGGCACUUGCUUCAGCAAAUGGCGGUUUUACGUCAACAACAGUUUGAAUGAGAAAAUUCUUUUUGCAGAACAGUUUUACAAGCGGAAAUUGUUGAAGACCACAUUUCUCGGGUUUUGCGAGAUUUUAGAAGAAAGGAAAAGAAAACAACAAGUAGCAGAGGAUUGGCGAAAUUUUAAGAUGGAAGAAUAUUGGUUUAAAAUAUGGCUUGAUUAUGUUAGGGAAAUUAGAAUUCAAACACAAAAAAAAAUGUUGAAAGCAGAAUCUUAUCAUAACAAGACAUUAAUGAAGCGUUGUUUCGAAAAUUGGAGAAAGUUUCCAGAAAUAAUUUACAAGGAAAGGCUCAAAGACUGUAGACUACGUUUGUGGCAUGAAAAGGUUCAAGAAAUUUUACCAGACUUUAUUCCUCCAGCGUUUGAAUUAUAAUUUAUAACAGAUUUAUCACAUUAUUAUAUAAACUUUUAUAUUUAUUACAUACAUUUUUUUUUUGUACCAAACAGUAUAAA